UUUCUUACAUUUCUAAAUCGCUAUUUAAAAUUAUUUAUUAAAUCAAAGGUUCUUUUUUAAAAAUUUCUAUUCGAUUGAUGCAACAACAGAAUGUUGAACUCGCAGACGUUUAACGAUGCGUUGGCGGCUGUAAGUUUUUUGGAAAACUAUUUGGACAACAUGGACUAUUUGCCGUCAGAAGUGCAACGACAUAUUACUAUUUUCAGGGAAAUUGAGUACCAGUGCAAAGAAGUAAUGACAAAAUUAUUAGUUGAGGGCGAAACCUACAAGUCAUCAUCUGAUGUCUUGAUCAAGAAGCAAGCAAUCAAUCAGAUCAAAAAGUUGCUCAUCAGACAAAAAGACCUUGGCGAUCAGAAGUUGGAGAUUUUGUCCACAAUUUAUGAAUUAGUUGAAAAUAAUUCAAGAUCAUUAGAAGACAGCAUGGCCAAUCUUGAAUCUGUUCAAGGUCUUCCAUCCCAUGUAAAAAACGAAGAGAAAAGCUUCUUUCCAUCAGUCGCUCCGUCAGCAUCGAUGGCCACAUCAUCGGCAGGCUGCUCAUCUCACCAAAAAUCAGCUGCAGACAACAACAACUUCAACACUACCCACAAUACCAACAACAGUACCAACAACAACAGCAGCAGCAGCAAUAACAGCCAUGCAACAACGUUAUCCACACGUGCAUCCACUAGCAGCAACUUCAAACCGGAUGAUAAACAGGACAAUGGGAAGACUAAGAGACAUCGACAGGCCAAACGAUCAGCAAAUCACGAAUCGUAUGCUUCUGCUAUGAAGGAGGAAGAGAAAAGAGACGAAGAGGAAAAAAGUAGGAAGAAAAAGACAAGAAGAGAGAAGAUGGACAAGUCAUCACUGAUGAUGGCUGCCAACAAUAGUCACCUCGUCAAAAUCAUUGGGAACAUUGAUCCUAACGAACCGCUGUAUUGUCUCUGCAGGGAGGUGUCCUAUGGCGAGAUGAUUGGUUGCGACAACGAGAGUUGUGAAGUUGAAUGGUUCCACUUCCACUGUGUCAACCUCACUCACAAACCUAAAGGCAAAUGGUUUUGUCCGUCUUGUAGAGGCGACCGACAAAGCGUUCUCAAUCCUGAACUUCUGGAGCAGAGGAAGGCCAAGAAGAAUGCCGUCAUGGCCAUUGCUGCCGCUGCUGCCAGCAACAACAACGCCACUAGCGAUUGAAGGAUUCAUAUUGUGAUGGAUUAAUUUCUUGAUUUGGUGAUUGAUUUAUUAACCGAUUGGUUUGUUGAUUGGCCUGUGUAUGGAAUAUGGGAAUUUCGCUUGAUCAUGAUCAUGUCAUAUUCCAUCAGUACAAUCGAUUCCUCGCUCGUUCUUACUCUUUCCACAUCUUCUGUUGUUUAUUCAUUUCUACCGUUUGUAUUGUAAUAAAAGUGUACAGUUCUCAAGCUU